AUGGCUUCAUACGGGUUGCUGGGUCAGCCAGAAGAAGAUGCGCUUCAUAAGUCGCGACUUCUGAACGUCGAAGAGAAACCAUUCAAGCGUAUUUCAAAGCGCCUUCUCAACCCCGAGUCUCUUAUCGUUGCUCACUCCUGCCUCCCUCCCACCCCUCCUCCCGAGGAUUCCGACGCCGAUGCGACCGUAGCUGCCGAAUCCGAGAAGCAAAAACGUUUGGAAGAAUGGCGCCACUUCCGCGAGGAUGUCACACUCGAUUUCGCUGCCUUCGAAGGUAGCAUUGCUCGCAUUCAGUUUCUCUUGACCAGUAACGAAGAGGAGCGCCAACGGUACGCGACAGAGAAACUUCGCAUUCAGUCAACGAUGCAUGCUGUCCGUGAAAACACAACCGAUUUGCGCGCCCAACUUGAGGAGGCACAACGACUACUUUCUUUGCGAAAGACCUACGAUGACCUAGCGGACAAAAUUACUAGCAACCGGCUGUUGAAGCCGCGAGAGGAUCAGCAGGCAAAUUUACAAAAGCUGCAACUGGAAAUUACGGAAUUGGAUAAGGAAAGCAAGGAUUAUGCGAAGACAUGGGCGGAGCGACGCGAACAGUUUGGUCGCAUUGUGGAAGAAGGCAUGCAAUUGCGCCGCUUGAUUCGUGACGAGAAGGAAGAAGUCGAGCGGAGAGAGGGUAUGCAAGAGGGUGAGGAUGGGGAUGAAGGUGACGCUUCUUCCAAGGGCAAGCUGAGCGCUGCUACGAGCCCUCGUCCGGAUAAUGAAGGCAUGACUCCGUCUCAAACUCAGGAUGAAAACCGAUUGCGGGUUGAGAAUGGAACUGGUUCCACCAGACCUGCGUCACCUUUACGGCAGGUGAUAAGUGCAGACGGUACUGUGGAUCAGGAUGAUACCAAUAUGGUGGAUGAAGGCGAAAUCACAGCCGAUGAUGCUGGAGAACAGUCGGAUGAGCUUGAGGAAGGUGAAGAACUUCCGGAUGAGAAGAUGGAUACCACUUGA